CCAACUUUGCUAUGACUGACGGCGUCAUUAUGCAUUUACCGACCUACUGUAGGUACUCCACAGUGUUCUGCAUCCUUCCGUAACCCACGAGUUCGCUGGUAACGAUCUUCGAUGUAUCGCGAUGGAGACCGAACGUUUCGUUUCGCGCAGACGGUCAGCCCCCGCUGGCUACGGUUGCAUGUCACUGUUGAACCCACUGCAAUCAGAGACAAGCUUUGAUGGUGGGGCGAGCGCGCCGUCGCCCAAGCUGAUCUUCACUCUGGUCAAUCAUCGUCACGACCUUUACGCUGCGUCGAUUUUAAUGAAACAAGGUGACGAUGCUAAAGGCGGUACUGCUGCUGAUCAUUCAUGCUGUCUAUUUGAAGUUCCUUUAGACAUGGGAAAGAGGGCGAGACUGCGGACUACAUGGGGCAAUCGAUAUUCAAUGCUCGUACGAAGCCGAGUGGCAAAAGAGAUGGCAACCAAAAAUAAGGACCACACGCGCAGGCCGAGGGGCGGUGCACAUGAAGCAUCAGCGCUCCAGCCAUGCCUCCCCUGCGGUACACGCAUGCUGCGAUCUGUGACACGACAUCGCUCCACCGAACCUCAGCGGUCAGGUUUGCGCUUGCGUCACAGUCGCGGCGGUAAACACGAUUUGUACGACGGCCCAGGCACUGCAUGUGUCGCAAGAGCUGACUUGGUUCGUUGUCGACUGGUGGUGAGCGCAGGAGCCGUGUGCGCUGAGAUGAGCAGCCCAACGAAUGAGAUCGCGAAAUGUGGUGUUUGAGAUUUAGCUUCGAAGCGAUCGCGCUCGACACCAGACCUGACUCGGCUUGACUCCCUUUAUCGAUAGGCCCGGAUACGACGACAUGCAGGGCCCGGACGUUAAGGGCAAGGAUCCCGCCAGCAGACGUCAGGAGACGUUGUCCACUCAGACGCCUUCCUGAGUCGUCAUCCGCUCUUUGUUUCAGAAACAAUUCCCAUCUGAGGGCUUUACAGCCAAUGAGAAUACUGAUGUACCUGCCCAGCGUUGCAGAACCUGAGCCGUCUUCACAGUCCGCUUGCUGUUACACUGCCGCUAGACCGCGACGGGCGCCAGAGCCGGAAGGCCCCUUCAAUCAAUCGUUGCAUGAGAGGCGACCCCUCUUCGAUUAGCCUGCGCACUUUGACCAUGAUCCGU